AUGCGCUCCACAUUCAUUCUUCUACUCGUCCUUGUCGUCCAUUUCAUCCAUGCGAGACCUCAUGUGAACUACGACGACGUUCAUUCGCUUUUCAAAAAAGACAGUACCGACGGAGCCGCAUCGGAGCAGCAGCUGGUGUUGGCGAAGCUCGAGGAGCUUCUCGGUCCUGAGGCGUUCGCGGAGAGCUUCGAUUCAUCGCAUGGCCGUCUUUCCAAUCUUCAGCGACUCGGCUAA